AUGAGGGAGAAGGGUGAUGAGAGUAGGGAGAAGGGUGAUGAGAGUAGGGAGAAGGGUGAUGAGAGUAGGGAGAAGGGUGAUGCGAGUAGGGAGAAGGGUGAUGAGAGUAGGGAGAAGGGUGAUGAGAGUAGGGAGAAGGGUGAUGAGAGUAGGGAGAAGGGUGAUGAGAUGAGGGAGACGGGUGAUGAGAGUAAGGAGAAGGGUGAGGAGUGUAGGGAGAAGGGUGAUGAGAGUAGGGAGAAGGGAGAUGAGAGUAGGGAGAAGGGUGAUGAGAGUAGGGAGAAGGGUGAUGAGAUUAGGGAGAAGGGUGAUGAGAGUAGGGAGAAGGGAGAUGAGAGUAUGGAGAAGGGUGAUGAGAGUAGGGAGAAGGGUGAUGAGAGGAGGGAGAAGGGUGAUGAGAGUAGGGAGAAGGGUGAUGAGAGUAGGGAGAAAGGUGAUGAGAGUAGGGAGAAGGGUUAUGAGAGUAAGGAGAAGGAAGAUGAGAGUAGGGAGAAGGGUGAUGAGAGUAGGGAGAAGGGUGAUGAGAGGAGGGAGAAGGGUGAUGAGAGUAGGGAGAAGGGUGAUGAGAGUAGGGAGAAGGGUGACAAGAGUAGAGAGAAGGGAGAAGGGGAGAAGGGUGAUGAGAGUAGGGAGAAGGGAGAUGAGAGUAAGGAGAAGGGUGAUGAGAGUAGGGAGAAGGGUGAUGAGAGGAGGGAGAAGGGUGAUGAGAGUAGGGAGAAGGGUGAUGAGAGUAGGGAGAAAGGUGAUGAGAGUAGGGAGAAGGGUUAUGAGAGUAAGGAGAAGGAAGAUGAGAGUAGGGAGAAGGGUGAUGAGAGUAGGGAGAAGGGUGAUGAGAGGAGGGAGAAGGGUGAUGAGAGUAGGGAGAAGGGUGAUGAGAGUAGGGAGAAGGGUGACAAGAGUAGAGAGAAGGGAGAAGGGGAGAAGGGUGAUGAGAUGAGGGAGAAGGGUGAUGAGAGUAGGGAGAAGGGUGAUGAGAGUAGGAAGAAGCGUGAUCAGAGUAGGGAGAAGGGUGAUGAGAGUAGGGAGAAGGGUGGUGAGAGUAGGGAAAAGGGUGAUGAGAGUAGGGAGAAGGGUGGUAAGAGUAGGGAGAAGGGUGAUGAGAGUAGCUCUGAAGUCGCUCUGGAAGGCACGGCCGUCAACGCUGGCGCCGAACUUUUCUGUGCGUGCGAACCAAUCUGA